AUGUCAGAAAAAGGUAAAAGAGUAGUCAGAUGUGAUAGUUACUCUCAGAAGGAGGACCGUAGCUGGCGUACUACAACAGGGGCACAUAGAUAUAAAACGUUUUUAACCAUCCAUGCAGAUCAAAGGCAAAAAGAUGUAGAAUUUGCAAUGGGUGACUAUGUGUUCUUAAAGGUUUCUCCUAUGAAAGGAGUUAUGAGAGUUGGAAAGAAAGGCAAGUUGGCUCCCUGUUACAUAGAACCUUUUCAGAUCACGGAUAGAGUGGGAGCAGUUGCCUAUCAAUUGAAGUUGCCACCAAACCUUUCUCACGUCCACCCAUUAUUCCACAUUUCCAUGCUUUGGAAGUAUGUUCUCGAUCCUUCUCAUGUGUUGCAACCAAACACAGUGAAAUUAAAUGAGAAUUUAAUCUUUGAGGAGUAA